AUGGGGAAGUCUUCCAAAGACAAGCGCGAUGCCUACUACCGUCUAGCCAAAGAACAGAACUGGCGAGCGCGGUCCGCCUUCAAAUUGAUCCAGAUCGACGAGCAAUUCGACCUCUUCGAGCACGAGAACCCCGAAAAAGUGACAAGAGUCGUGGAUUUAUGCGCUGCACCUGGAAGCUGGAGCCAAGUGCUUAGUCGUGUCUUGAUCAAGGGCGAGAGUUUCGGACGACGGACAUGGAUCGACAAGAAGCGGCGGGAUACACAGGCCUUCCAAGACGGCGAGACACCCAGCAAGGAAGUUUCUGAGAUUGGGGAGAGCAGCCCGGAUGCAGAGCUAAAGCCCCGCGAGAAUGUCAAGAUCGUUUCCAUUGACCUUCAGCCCAUGGCCCCGCUUGAAGGCAUCACCACCCUCAAGGCCGACAUCACACAUCCCUCCACCAUUCCUCUUCUUCUGCGCGCGUUGGAUCCGGAAGCAUACGAAUCGUCAACAUCCGAUCUCAUAUCAGACACACCAGCGGAAAUCCGACAACCACACCCCGUUGAUCUCGUCAUCUCAGAUGGUGCCCCGGAUGUAACAGGCCUGCAUGAUUUGGACAUCUAUAUCCAGUCGCAAUUGCUCUUUGCGGCGCUUAAUCUUGCCAUGGGAGUGCUCCGCCUAGGAGGUAAAUUUGUGGCUAAGAUUUUCCGAGGCCGCGACGUUGAUCUUCUUUAUGCGCAAUUGCGCACUGUCUUUGAGCGUGUCAGCGUUGCUAAGCCCCGCAGUAGCCGUGCUAGCAGUCUGGAAGCUUUCAUUGUCUGCGAGGGAUUCAUUCCACCCACCAGGGAGGAAGGGUUAGCAGGCAUGGCUGCGCUGAGAAAUCCGCUUUUCGGAGGUGCUGCCGUGCCAAAGCCCGUGUCGGAAGAUGGAAACCUGGGCGUCGAAGUUCAGGAUGAGGUGGAUGAAGAUUCUCGCGCCAGAGCAGCAAUCACAGAGACCACGAACACUACUGCAAACCAUACUACCGAAAUUCGCAACCUUCACUCCGCCUCGAGUGAACAACCGCAAGCACAGAAGCUUGCCAACAAGUUUGCAGAAGAGUACCGCUGGAUUCCGUCGUUCAUCGCUUGCGGUGAUCUUUCUUCGUGGGACUCGGAUGCGUCUUAUACUCUUCCACCGGACCAUGUCAGUCUCGAUCCGGUACAGCCGCCUACGGCGCCGCCGUAUCGGAAGGCGUUGGAACUGCGGAAGGAGAAAGGAGGUGCUUAUGGGAAAACCAAGCUGGCACCACUGGUACAGCCUUGA